AUGGAUAAAUUCGGUUUGAAAGCAUUAGUUCCCCUGGUGGAAUUGAACCAAACAGAAGAAACAAAAGAGUAUGAUCAUUCCAUGACGAUUGGUACAGAUUUAUCGUGCAUGUCAUAUUCGCUAGGUAUUCCAAAAGGUGACAAGAGACAGAGAGUACUGGAUACAUUUCAAUCACCUUGGGCAGAAACGUCUAGAAGUGAAGUGGAACCUGCAUUUUACAGUCCCGAAUCAUUUCGUGAUAUUCCUGACGUUUUACAAUCGAAAGUUACACCACCUUCAUUCGACUCAGUACAAACCGAUCAACAACGUGUAGCAUUAUUUCAAGAUGAAACAUUGUUUUAUCUGUUUUAUAAGCAUCCUGGAACAGUCAUCCAGGAACUAACAUACUUAGAACUAAGAAAACGUAAUUGGAGGUAUCACAAAACAUUAAAAGCAUGGUUGACCAAAGAUCCGAUGAUGGAACCUAUAGUUUCGCAGGACGGUCUUAGUGAGAGAGGAUCAUAUGUGUUUUUUGAUCCCCAAAGAUGGGAGAAAUGUCAAAGAGAUUUUUUACUCUUUUAUAAUGCCAUUAUGUAA